CAGAGACGCAUGAGGUCGGUGAGAUAGGCUAUCUGCGGAUGCUGUGCUCGUUACACAUAGCGACUAAGAUCAUGGUUCAGCUGUCACCAUCUCGGACUAUAGAGACGUUGACUCCGUCAGAGUUGACCGUGGAGAAGGAUGAUGGCCAGGGCAGCCCUAAAUCCGAGUCCCCUCGAGUGCUUACCGCCCUCCAGUUCACCCUUAGCCCCACCACGACCACCAACUACGACUAUGAGAAAUACAUUGAGGACGGCCUCAUCUGCCUCAAGCACAAGAUCCGUAACAUUGAGAAAAAGAAGCUGAAACUGGAAAGCUACAGUGAGAGGCUGAAGAAGGGGGAAAAACUUAAUCAAGACCAACUGGAAGCUGUGGGGAAGUACGAGGAGGUGAUCCACAAUCUUAAGUUUGCCAAAGAGCUCCAGAAGACCAUUGGUGCCCUCACGCAAGAUUUGUUGAAGGCUCAGCACAAAGUUGCUCGACAAGAGAAGGUGAUGAGGAUUGAAGAAGAGAGGAAACAUCUGAACUUGAUGCUCCAGGUGCAAUACGUCCUCCACAGUCUGCAGAGAGAGGAUGUCCGGAGGAACUUCUGCAACAUGAGACAACAUUCCUGUUACCUGUCCACACAGGACAUGGAGAGCUUGCUGGAUCUGGCGUCAUUAUUGGGAUUCAAAAGAGACCAUAGCAUGAGUUUAGAGGAUCAGAUGGAACAGGCUGCCAUUGUUUACUGGGAGCUUCUGGAAGGGAAAGAAGAACCAGUUGCUGGCUCAACAUAUAAGCACAUGAAGGAGAAGCUACUUCGGCUAGUGGAUUGUGGCUUUUUUGAUCACGUACCACUUCCUAAAGUUGACAGUCAAGAGAAGACUGAGACCCUAAAGGCGGACCCUCCAAGGCCUUGUGGCCUCUCCACGCUGGUGAAGCUGAGCUCAAAAGAAGUGCCUUCCAAAGAGUUUCUUAACAGACGAUACCUACCUGUAACAGACGUCACUGAGCGCAGACAGGAUGAGAAGGCAUCGCCCCGUAGUUGGAAGGAAGAAUUUUUGGCGAUGAAGGAAAGGGAGCCCCCAGACUCAUGGGAAAUGGAGUUUUCUGAUCCUCCUGCAUCCUCUCAGUCCCCCAUACAGAAGCCAUGGAAAGGGGCAGCGGGAUUGAUUCCUAAGACUGCAGACAUCGUAAAGAGACCCACCGUUGACCCCAAGGAGAAACGUCAAAGAAAGAGCAAGGAGGAGCAGGACUCUAAACCGAUGCCUGUCGCAGUGGAAGUCUUCAGCUCUCCAUUACCGAAAGACCCUGCUCAGCGCAAACAGCAGCUGGAGUCUCUGAUGGACCAGAUCUCAGGAUCCUUCAGCUUCAUGCAGGAGUCUCUUCUGGAUGGAGAAACUUCCCCUGUAAACAGUCAAACAAAGAGACGCCGUCCUUCUCCAGGCUCCUCUACUCCUCUUGUGUAUCUCCUCUCCUCUUCAGCCGGUUGGAGUGACUCCUCUCAGGUGAGCAGCCCGGACCGGGAGGGUGCGUUUCUGCUCGACUCAGGAAUCAGUGACACACUCUCCAUCCCGCCAAUGGAAGUGCCCAUCACGCCCCAGGGCCCGCACACUCUGAUGCCAGUACACGUGUACCCACUCACCCGACUCCGCGUGGCCUUCUCUGCCGCCCGCACGGCAAACUUCGCCCCUGGCACAAUGGACCAACCAAUCGCUUUUGACCUGCUGCACACCAACCUCGGUGACAUGUUCGACACGACCACCGGACGCUUCACCUGUCCCGCUGCCGGUGCUUACGUCUUCAUCUUCCACAUCCUGAAGCUGGCCAUCAGCGUACCCCUGUACAUCAACCUCAUGCGCAAUGAAGAGGUGAUGGUGUCCGGGUACGCCAACGACGGUGCUCCGGACCAUGAGACUGCCAGCAAUCACGCUGUCCUCCAGCUGUUCCAGGGCGACCAAGUGUGGCUGCGACUGCACCGUGGCGCCAUCUAUGGCAGCAGCUGGAAGUACAGCACCUUCUCUGGUUUCCUGCUGUACCAGGACUGAACAUCUAUCUCGAAAUGGGCACAAAAAGGGAGAAAGGGGCAUUUUGGAUGUUUUUUUGAAAGUUACUCUGCACUUUAUUGCGCUUUCGGUUACGCAUGGUGCAAUUGCAUGUUUGAAAGAUCAUGCUCGAUAGUACAUAGUCAGUGUUAAAACUAAUGUAAGAUGUUUGCUGGUGAAAGUUUACAAGGGUUUUCCUGUUGUUUUUUUAUUUAUUAUUGCUAUUUAUUAUUAUUACUAUUCAGUAAAUUUAAAAUAUUUUCUUUAUCUUUUCAGAUUUGAGAGUAUUUACCGUGUAUUUGGAUGCACAUACUUGUAGCUGCAUUUGUUUGCACUAAAUUGAAAUCCUUACAUUCAGAAGCAUCUUCUGGUGUUCGUUUAAUGGCCUUGUAUGCUCAUCUGCUCAUUUUAGAUGAGAUGGAGAGAUUUUCCAGUGACAUAAAAGCUUGCAAAACGGUGCCUUUUCUGUUUUUUUUGGGGGGGCGGGCCCCUGAACAACACAUGCAUCGCUUUGCAAGAAUGGAGGAUUCUUUUUUUUCUGGUAAUACUUCACAUGUUGAGCACUUUAAAAAGGGAUUUAGUGGCCUUUUUGGGGUUUUG